AGCACCAUUUGAUCUCAAAACGAGAUCAACAGCAUGUGUUCGAAGCAAAUUGCCCAUCUUCCAAGGGUGCAGCCCGAUAUACAGGUCCAAUGGCAUUCUGUUCCGCAGGUUACUGGAGUGCAAGUGGCUUUUUCCAUAUGUACAAGUCGGAGAGAUGGUAAAGCGGUCAUGAAGGCCCCCCAAGCUUAUACCAGCGUGGUCAAGCCAAGCCUUACACAACCGCACAUGACUGUACGUAAGUAACCUAAAUACGUACACUACAUGACUUACUCCUGUU